GCUAAUAAUACGGAUAUUUGACUAACGGCAUCAACUUUUCAAUUUCAAUGUUGUCUUAUCAGAAUUAUAAUCAGAAUUUCACUGAACAUACCGAGUAGACCGUGCAAUGAAAAAGCGAUAACUGACCAAUAAAACGGGGAGACGUGGAUUAUUUUGAACCUGUUGUGGAUAUGUGGUGAUAUGCGGCGUUUUGAGAUAAUUUAAUAAUACUUAACGCUGAUUUUCUUAGUUUUGACUUAUUAUUUUUGUAAAUUCUCAACAAGUACGUUGGAGAAGAUUUCGCUCUGAUAAAGAGAAGUGUGUUUAAAUUUGAACAAAAUGAUUGCUAAGGCGCUAAUAAAAAUAGCUUGUUUGUUGGUACUAUGGUCAGCGGCAGAAGGAUUCACUUCGCAGGAGGUGAAAUGUCACGUUUGUAAGGCGACGGUACAAGAAUUGGAGAAUGCUAUUGCUAAAGAAGAUCCACAUAAAACUGUUGACGUUAGCGGAUUUCGACUUGAUGCCAAUGGAAAUUCUAUAAGUAAAUCUGUUAAACUUGUUAAAUCGGAGAUGUAUUUGACUGAGUUGAUGGAAAAAAUUUGUGAUAAAAUGGAGGACUAUGUUAAAGCCACAUAUAAAAGUAAUGGCAAGUUCACACUUCUAAAGAUGAUUGUCAACGACAAGAUGAAUCCCGAGUCCUCCCUUGUGGAUUUUGUUCAAGACGGUGAUUUAAAUAAAAGCCUUGGUCACUAUUGUUUGGAGAUACUCGAUGACCACGAAGAAAUUUUUAUAAAAGCCUUCCAAGCUCCAACUCUAAGCGACGAUUUGGACUCUCAAAUUUGCGGAGCACAAGCAAAUUAUUGUCCUUUCAGUCCCAUUCAAGAGGAGUAUGACUUUGAUGAAAGGGAUGAAUUGUGAUAACCAGCUAUGUAGUUGAAUUUACUAGUUAACAUUUGUUUUUUUUUUAAUACAACAUAUUUAUUUUAUAAAAA